AUGCCCAAAAUGACCUAUGAUCCUUCACAUCCCCAGCAUCAGUCCGCAUUCGUCACCUUUCUGCCUCGUGAAAUCCGCGACAGGGUCUAUCUUGAGCUGUGGCGUUCCUGCGGCCUUCGCCAACAUAUCGUCUGGCAUCGUGAUAAAGAUGACAAAGCCAAAUCUCACUUCUGCCCCUGGCGAUGCAUCACGCCAUUUUCUGUACACGACGAGCUCCAAGAAACGAUUGAUGCCACAAGACUCCAGCUCGGUUUCCCAUUGGGGGAUAGCUUCAGCAACAAGGCCUACGCCCUGCAGCUCUUUUCUGCCUGGAAGAACCACUUUGCGUGUGGUCAGCGCAUCGGAAGGGUCUAUAGCGAAAAUGCGGAUCCUGGCAUUAGGACCUGCUCUUCUCUAGGGCCCUCGGAAUGCCUCAAGUCAAUUUACGAAUCGACUAGCUUCAUCUUCACAGAUAUCUUUGCUCUCAACAUGUUUAUUGAUUUCUGUGAGGUACCGGAGACCUGGAAAGAGGGGGUCGAGGUAGCCAUUUCGCCGCCAGCCUUUCGGACCUACGGCAGACAUCUUGAGAUAUCUUUAGAGCCAGUCUUCCCUAUGCUGCUGCCCGUCACACGUCUCGAUUUCCACGGGCUUCGCCUUCAUCUUUUGGAGAAUCUCAUGACCCUUAACAUCUGGGUAUCCGCCCGCUGCACAGAAUUAUUGCUAGACAGGAAUGCAGAUAAUAUCAACCAGAGCCCUUACAAUAUCACUCAGUUAGACCUUGGGUCUCUCAAAGAGGCCUUGUCAACCCUCAAUCACGUGAGAAACGUCACUCUGAGCAUGCCUUUGGCUCAAGUCUCUGAGACUGAAGACGGUGCGACGGAAUCUCCACAACGUCGGGGUGUAGCUCGACUGGUUGAACUGAUACGUGCUAAGGGGAAGAGAAUGAAGAGAUAUCGCAAGACACAGUAA